CGUGUAUUGUAUCUACCUCUAACUUGCUUGGCGCUCAUCUAGAGCCGUGGCAAAUACCGCUCUCCUUUUCAGAACUUUAGCAUAUUUGAAUCAAAAGUUUCAUCACCACCACCAUCACAUCGUGUCAAUCCAACCCCUCCCUUCCGUGUCGACGUUUCGUCACGUUUUGCUACCUUUGGCCUUCUGGCUGUCGUCACUCGCUUGUCCUCUUCAUUUCUCCGAGCUGGUGCUCAAGUCGCAUGCCAUUAAUUCGACGACCAGACCGACAUCAGUACCUUGAGACUGUGUUCCGAGACAUCCUCCGAACUCAACUCGAACGAACCCGGCCAGCAAGUACAUGACUAGCCUUAGGGCACCUCAGAUAUUACCAUGGGGCUCAGCAUAGAGCAAGGAAAGCGGCUUCGGCAUUGCAUUGCAGUACGACCAUCGAGGUCGCGUCUGCAGCUUGUUCUUUGCGUGUCGGUGCUUUUCAUCUUCUACCUGCUUACGCCGUACGACAGCCAGAUACGGUCCUUCCUCAGAUUCCAGCACAACAUCGUUGACGACUACAUUCAACACAAUCAUCCCAGCGACAGAUGGCUAUUCAAGCCCCAGCGGUAUCCCAUCGACCCUAAUCAAGAUAUCGGCAUUAUCGUCAAGACGGGUUAUGGCACGAGGGACCGCGUACCUCAAGUGCUGGCCGCCCUGGGCAAUGAGACAUUCAUGAGUGACAUGCUGGUUGUGCAGGACUACCCGCUGCUUCGACGCCAGAACUACACGCUGCCUAAUGGAAAGAGCGUCCCUAGCGUCGACAUCAUUGGCUGGAUGCUGGAGAACAAGAUGUUAGCUGGCAAAGAACGUGUCGAACGUGUGACGAAGUACGAGCAUCUCGCCGAUGCUAUUGAGGCCGAGGAAUGGUUUGUUUCGGACGGCCUUAGCAAAGCUAUUGGCUGGGAACUGGAUGCAAUGAAGUUUAUCUCGGGCCUCCAAUAUGCCUGGCAAACGAUGCCUAAGAAGAAGUGGUAUAUCAUGGCAGAUGACGAUACCUUUGUUAUCAAGGAGUCUCUCAACAUUGUUCUCGGGCAUCUCAACCCUCGCAAGCCGCAGUACUUGGGCAAUCCUAUUGGCGACUACAAAGGGCGUUUCGCACACGGUGGCUCCUCUGCCGUCAUAUCUGGCUCCGCCUUGAGCAAACUCUUCGAUGGCCACCCCGACAUUGUUGCCGAAGCUCACCUCGAAUCACCAUCCGCGGUAUGGGGCGACAAGCUCCUAGCGACAACAAUGAUGAAGAUAGGCGUUUACCUUGACGAAGGAUACAGUAGGCUAUUCAAUGGCGAACCCCCUGAGAUGACACGAAUGUGGGCAGAUCGGUUCUGUGUUCCACUUAUUUCCUUCCAUGGCCUGGGCGAUGGUAACAAAAUGGAGCAGGUGGGCAAUGUUUUCAAGCAUAUCAGGGAGCCAGUUUUCUGGAGGCAAUUGGGUAAGAUCUACGGGGCCGCCGACUUCGAGACUUUUGUCAAGGAGCCCAUCCGCAUAAACCAGGACUUUGUGGGUCGACUAGACGAACACAGCACGAGCAUAGGGGAUGUCAGAACUGUCGAGGAUUGCAUCAAGAUCUGUACCCGGCAAUCUGACGAGUGUAUUGCGUGGACAUGGGAUCAAGCGGCAAGAGUAUGUCAUGUCGCUCCCUGGACGAUUAUUGGAGAUUAUCAUGAAGGCGUCUUCUCUGGCAUCAAUGCACCAGUCGCGCAGAGAAUAGCCAAUGGUUGCCGCUCCCCGCCGGCCCCGCGCCUGCCCACUCAAUAGGAAUUCGGCCUGGAAUUGUUUUCUAUGUGCUUUUUCUCCGUCCAUUUCUGUAUACAAACUAAAAGGUACAAUGUUACCUUUGGGUACAAGCCCAAUGGUCGGGUGGCACGGAGGGGAAUUACUCUGAUUACAGAGACCUCCAGUAUGGAAUGGGUCACGCGAUGAUUGAUGACACCGGGGAAGUUGAGUAAUGUAAUGGCACCCGAGGAGACAUGUCUUGGAUCCCUUAUACCUAAUUAUUGACGUUGGUAUACAACGUGUGCAUGCUUGACAUGCAAAUUUGAACCAUACCCUUCAAUGCACGUGCUGCGGGUCGAUUGCGGAUAACUAAAGUGCGGAUGUACAACAGGGGACAACCCUGUUGCGGCACAGCUGCAUCAUUGCCAGAGGAUCACCUCGACCCCGCCCAGUACGGAAACCCUUAGACGGUGACAUUCCCGAGGU